UUCAGGAACAAUAACAGCGGGGGGAGCCCGGGUCCCGGGAGCCGCCCCCGCCCCCCGGCCCGGCCGCGCGGCUCGCGCCCCCCGCCGGGUCCCCACCUCCGCGCCCGCCCCGCGGGCUGACCGGCCGACCGGGGCCCGCCCCCGGCGCCCACCAUGUACGCCUUUGUGCGGUUCCUGGAGGACAACGUCUGCUACGCGCUGCCCGUGUCGUGCGUGCGCGACUUCAGUCCCCGCUCGCGGCUGGAUUUUGACAACCAGAAGGUGUACGCCGUGUACCGGGGCCCGGAAGAACUGGGCGCCGGGCCCGAGAGCCCCCCGCGCGCCCCCCGCGACUGGGGCGCGCUGCUGCUCCACAAGGCCCAGAUCUUGGCGCUGGCAGAAGACAAAUCUGACCUUGAAAACAGUGUGAUGCAGAAGAAAAUAAAAAUCCCCAAACUUUCUCUCAAUCAUGUAGAAGAAGAUGGGGAAGUUAAAGAUUAUGGGGAAGAAGAUUUACAGCUUAGACACAUCAAGAGACCCGAGGGGCGGAAGCCGAGCGAAGCGGCGCACAAGAGCAUCGAGGCAGUGGUGGCCCGGCUGGAGAAGCAGAACGGCCUGAGCCUGGGCCACAGCACAUGUCCGGAAGAGGUCUUCGUGGAGGCCUCACCGGGCCCCGAGGACAUGGACAGUCUGGAGGAGGCCGGCGUGCCCCGGGCUCUGUAUGAGGAGCUGCUGCGCAGCUACCAGCAGCAGCAGGAGGAGAUGCGCCACCUCCAGCAGGAGCUGGAGCGGACUCGCAGGCAGCUGGUGCAGCAGGCUAAGAAGCUCAAGGAGUACGGGGCGCUGGUGUCCGAGACGAAGGAGCUCCGCGACCUCAACCGCAGGCUGCAGGACGUGCUGCUCCUGAGGCUGGGCAGCGGUCCCGCCAUUGACUUGGAAAAAGUAAAGUCAGAAUGUCUCGAGCCCGAGCCGGAGUUACGGAGCACUUUCAGUGAGGAAGCAAAUACGUCGUCCUAUUACCCCGCUCCUGCACCUGUCAUGGACAAGUAUAUCCUAGACAAUGGCAAGGUCCAUCUGGGAAGCGGGAUUUGGGUUGAUGAGGAGAAAUGGCACCAGCUACAAGUAACCCAAGGAGAUUCCAAGUACACAAAGAACUUGGCAGUCAUGAUUUGGGGAACAGAUGUUCUGAAGAACAGAAGCGUCACAGGAGUUGCCACAAAAAAAAAGAAAGAUGCAGUCCCUAAGCCACCCCUCUCGCCUCACAAACUAAGCAUCGUCAGAGAGUGUUUGUACGACAGAAUAGCACAAGAAACUGUGGAUGAAACUGAAAUUGCACAGAGACUCUCCAAAGUCAACAAGUACAUCUGUGAAAAAAUCAUGGAUAUCAAUAAAUCCUGUAAAAAUGAAGAACGAAGGGAAGCAAAAUAUAAUUUGCAAUAA